AUGUCAAAGAUGCAUAAGAACCACUUCACCAAGCAUCUCCUUCUGGUGGCCUUCUUCUUGCUUUGCUUCAUCUCUCCCUGUGCUCGAGGAAGGAGGUUGAAAGAAGUGGUUAGUGAAGAGAAGCAUGAAGUAGUAGCGGUAGAGACGAAGGAGCAUAAUUUGGAGGUUCCAUCGAAAGAAACCCAUUUGCCGGACCCCGACGAACUCGCCGGAAUGGACUAUACUCCGGCGAGGAAGAAGCCUCCAAUUCACAACUGA